AAUUUGAUAGCGCCUGCCGUAGCGCCAUCACCUUCAGUACCACUAAUAGCGAAUCGUUAUAAUAAUGGCGAACAAGUUCGACCUAGUGGAUUGGACAACUUUGCCUUCAAUGAAUCGCAUAUUGAUGCGAGGAAAACAUCACUGGAAUCAAAAGUUCACGAAGAGGAGCCAGUAUCUCAUGAACCAACACCAGUCGUAGGGGUUAAUACAGACAAAUGGACGGUCUCUUUAGAUGAUUUCACUUUGCUCACAGUUAUAGGAAGAGGUUCUUACGCAAAAGUGGUUCAAGCAGAGCAUAAAAAGACUGGCGUAGUGUAUGCGAUUAAAAUCAUCAAGAAGCAAAUGUUUAAUGACGAUGAAGUGAGUGCAAAAUUUUGA